AUGUUUAAUACUUCAGUCGCUGCCUUCAAGGGCAAGAAUUCUCCGGAAACCUCAAUCUCAGUCAUAGUCACCGUAGUAGCAACGCCGACUAUUUGGGCUCCAUUGACGUCGUCCUCGAUAUAUUUGAGUCCAGUUUUGUUUGUUGAGAAAUCGCAGCCGUCCACAGACUCCGCAUCCCAUACGACAUUUUGCUUCGAGACGAUCACAUUGACUACACUACCCUUGUCCUCAUCAGUCGACGAUCCCUAUGUCAGUACAACAUUCACUGUGGCUGCAGCUUCGACCUCUUCUCACCAAGGUACCGUGGCCGGUAGGACCAGUUCGGAGUCAUCGAGCACCGUUCAAGACCAGACCUGGUCGGCACUCCCAUCGUCUAUAAGCCCAAGGAGAUCUACCGGGCAACAGACUGCAGUGACGCAAACUCUUAUCCCAAUCUCUUCGUUCACAACGUCAGCGACAGCGACAGGGACCCGUUCGACAGGUGGAUCAUCUCAAAGUUCUCCAACACUGCCCAGAAACAAUGACUUUUGGACCAAGAUCCGCAUCAUCCUAGGAAGCACACUUAGCGUGGCUGCCUUGAUCAUUCUCGCUGUUCUGAUAUGGUAUUUCUUGCUGCGUCGCAAGCGGCGCAUGUUGCACAACAAUCUGCACGGUGGUCCAAGAGAGAGGCCGGUCAAUUCUGUAGAUUCCUUUGACGCAACCCCAAUUGGGUAUCCUCCCGUGUCUUCACUUCUUGGGCCUAGUCACGCGAGUUAUCUCUCAGGACAACUAUUGGUAUCCAGACAGACAGCGAGUUCAGAUUUCCACAACCACAUUCGCAACUGCGUACCAACUGAUCAUUCUAAUCCGCUCUCUGGUUUAGCAGAGAACGAGCAUGAUCCCGGACAUGCCCCUGGCGUGCUUUGUAUGAUCCAGAAACAGAAUCAAUUUUCAGACCCGGUUCCUGCACCCUUCAAACCGGCCCCGACAGUGAGACUCUUUCCUCCCUCCACUGUUCUUCAGAAAGAAGGUUCCCCAGCUUCUACGCGAACGUCCCCGACCCGUAGCCUCAGCUACUACGGAUCCAGUAGUGAAGGCGUGGGUCACCACAGCGUUCCAUCGGGAGAGAACAGCCUGGGCAUCGGCUUCUGGAGAGAUGGCGAUUAUUACCAGCGAACCCCAUCGACAGGCUCCUCCAGAGGAUUGCAAGCCUGCCAUGAAAAUAUGAGAACCAGGGCACGGAGCGAUCCAUUCGACUUGGAACUAGAGCUUUCUUCGCUGAUCUCUCCAUUUCAGGUGCCCAAGCCACGAGCUUGA